UCUAAACACAUUCUUUGCACACCAUUUUCAAUUCAUCUUGAUAUAUGGAUAUAGCAGCGAGAGGAAGAGCUAGAGGGAGAUCUAGUGAUGGACGAGAUGUUUUCAGCAUGGAGCUGUAUGAGCAUCAGCCCUGUGUUCAUGCCUCUUGUACAGGCAGUGGGAGAGAGGGGAGAUAUCCUCUGUGAUGGUAAUGAGGUGCUGGGGUCACACACAGCUAUGCCACAAAUCAAAAUAAUUAUUUUUGUAUAAAUAAUCUUUAUAUUUUUAGCUCCAACUUAUAUUUCAUUGUACUGUAUUUGAUAGAAAGCAUAUUUUUGUUCACAUAACUCUCACUGUUCAUGCAUGGUGGUACGUUUUGUUCCCACAGUAUAUUGGGGUUUCUGCAUGUUUUUCUGUAGUGCAGAAUUUUGUAAUGAAGAUUUUCAGAAUAAAGGUAUCUUUUGGCCAGAUGGCCUUUAUUGGAGAUGUUAGAGUAAAAGGGGAAACAGAAGGGAGGUCAUAGCCAGAAUUGACCAGAUGAAAGUGCUUUAGAUUGAGAACAACAGUGUGUAUAUGGUUUGACACAGAUCUAGUUCCUUCCCUCCAUGUCUGCAGUGAAGAAGUUCCUGUUGAUGAUGAGGCCAGACCCAGCCAGGUGGUCAAAUGCAGCUUAAGUAUUUCUAUGUCCUCUUUUUUUUAGAUUUUGUCUUAAAGAUUUUUUCCUCACUGUUUUCUUUUCUUUUUACUGUCUUUAAAAUUGAGCACAUUUUUGUUCAGAUAACUGUAACCGUAUGUGCUGUGCAUGGAUGUUGCGCUCAUUAGUUGUUUAGAAAAAUAAAUAAGGUUUGUUUCAACAGAAUGUUUGUGUUUCUGCACAUAUUUCUUUGGUGCAGAAUUCUCUCCAUACAGAAAAAGCCCAUAGAGAUGAGUGUGCUUUAGAAUGAUCACAUCCGUGUUUAGUUUUUUGGACAAAGUGCCUUGUGAUGUGAAUGAAGUUUAUCCCAUUUGGUGCUAAAGUUUGGUUUUGGUAAGCUUUAUGUAGUUUUGGGUGCAGUGCUUCAUUUUGCAAGAUAUAUGAGGUGUUUUGUACUUUGAGUGAGUGGUUUUGUGAAUUCCGUUUAGUGUUUGGAGAAAAUGGGCCCUGCUUUCAAAAAAGUGUUUUAGCAAUUGAAAAAAACUGUAACAACUGAAGGGUAUAUUUAUCAAUGAACAGCUAUAAAACAGUCUACUAUGCAGUGCAUCAACUUACUGCGGGGGUUCAGCAUGAGCAACUUUUUGUGUAUAGACAUAUGAUGUCAGAAAGAAGAGGUGGAACACUGCAUUGAACAUUUUCAAAAGGCAUAUAAAGACUUGAAGCUCAAUUCACAACCACAAAACUCAGGAGUAAAAACAAUAUAAGUUGGGAACUCUAUCUCUUGUUAUAAAAUGGCAGUUGAAAAUAUCACCCUGAACUCAGCCGAAAACUCUCCAAACCAGAGCAGCUGCGAUGUUUUCAUCUACCAGAGAGCUGCUGUGGUCCUCUUCCCUAUUUUCUACUGUGUGGUUUUCAUUGUCAGUGCGUGCGGCAACAGUUUGGUUCUGUAUGUGAUCUGCCAGAGGAAGCAGAAGUUCAACUCUACCUCUAUCUAUCUGGUCAACCUUGCACUUUCUGACACCCUGUUCACACUGGCACUGCCCGGCAGAAUUAUUUACUAUAUCCGCCAUUUCGACUGGCCCUUCGGCGAUCUUCUCUGCAGACUGACCACACUGCUCUUCUUUGCUAAUACUUAUGCAGGUAUUGGCUUCAUGACCUGUAUCAGUCUGGAUCGAUACCUGGCCAUGGUGCAUCCACAGCGGCUGCAGUGUUUGCGGAGUGUGAAGGUUGUUCGUAGGGUGUCCUGUCUGGUCUGGGCUCUGGUAUUCCUGGAGGUGGCUCCUCUGAUGUUCCGCAAUAUGCUGCGUGAGCACCAAGGAAGACAAACCUGUAUGGAGUACUUCAACUUUGAGGGCUCCCGCUUCACCCCGUAUCUCCUGAUCCUAGCCUGUACCAUCUCCUUCUGCUGUCCCCUCAUCAUCAUCAUGGCUUGCUACGCUAAGAUCAACCUGAAGCUGCGAGCUGCCGCCAAGCAGAACACUCUAACCAGUCGAUCGAAGAGGAAUCACAAGGCCAACACCAUUAUUCUCCUCAUCCUCCUUACAUUCAUUAUAUGCUUCAGCCCUUACCACCUCAACGUUAUGCAGUUCAUGUCCAGAAAGAUACACCACCAGGCAACCUGCGAGGAACUCAGAGCCUUUAAGGUGUCCUUACAGAUCACUGUUUCACUCAUGAACUUCAACUGCUGCUUGGACCCAAUCAUCUACUUCUUUGCCAUAAAGACCUACAAGAAGCGGGUGCUUAGCCUGUUUAAGGACUAUCUUUAUACUUCUGGUGCCUCCACCAAAAUGACAGCUGAGAACAGCAGUAGUAACACCUGAGAGAAACCACAGCACAGCAGGAAGAAUAAAACCAGAGCCACAGAGAAGACCUAGUUUAAAGGAAUCAUUUUUAGUCUUCCACUUUGACUCACAUGUCUUUAUGUGGGUUAUUGUGGAAUUGGUGCAUGCACAUAUGGAGUAGAGGUGAAUCACAAUGCAGCAGAAAUACAAUUUGCAGGAAAGAAAUAACUUGUUAACCCUUCUGUUCAACCUGUGUUGAUCACAGUCAUGGAUAUUUGAGAAAACUGCAUUCAAUUAAAUGUUUUUUACAUAAUAUUUUUUGUUUUUGAUACUCAUGUAUAUCAUUGCAUUUCUUCUUAACAUUUGUGUUGUAUUAAAUGUAAUGUAAAAAUGUAUUUUCGUUCAUCUCUGUUUGUCUACUUUUUCCGACUAGCUAAUAUCCUAAACUAGACGAAUAAGCUAUGCCUUUUCUUCAUCUCUGUAGGAAAUCUUUUGUGGUCAUUAAUGUAGCUCAACGGAAACUUUCACUUCCUUCAUGCAGAGAGAAACACAAGUGGACUGAGUCAUCUGGCAACAAAUAAUAAAUAAAAUACGUAAUCUAGUG